AUGGCUUUCGCACCGCUGCUACGGCAGCACAUCCUGCCCUUAGCAGGCCUCUCUGCCGGCCUCGCGCUCGUCCCAACCCGAACAGUCUACGCGGAAGAGCCUCCCUCAGAUCCCAUAAAAGCGAUCCGCGCUCGCAAACCAAUCUACGACUCCCCCACCGAAGAGCUCGCCCGCCAAGUAGGCGCAACCACACCACCUCCAGCCUCUGGCAUCACCGAGAAGCCCCAAGAGCAGGAAGAUGCCUCCACCCCACCAAGGCCCACGCCCACCGACAAGCUCGCCGCCCAGGUGAAAGCCUCGCGCCUCUUCCUGCACCGCUACGCCGUCAAAGCCGAAGACGCCGUCAACAGCGGCAUGAACAGCAUCAUGGACGCCGAGCACUCCUUCACCAGCACAAUCGCAUCCCUCGCACCUCCCAAAGAAUCGAACGAGAAGCUCCUCCCCGGCGGAAUCUACGUCCUAGUCGCGGCGAUGGCGGGAAGUAUCAUAUCGCGAAACAGGAACGUGCUGUUCCGAUUCGUGACGCCGGCGUUGACGGGUGUGGUUACUGCGCAUUAUGUUGUGCCACGGACAACCGGGAAUGUGGGCAACUUGAUCUGGAAGUAUGAGGAGAGGUUUCCGGUGGUUAGGGAUAACCAUUUGAGGGUCAGCCAGGGUGUGAGGCAUUUCAUUGAGACGGGGAAGGCGCAUAGUCAGAUGGGCCUUGCGAUGGCUGAGGAGAAGGUGCAAGAGGCGAGGGAGAGUGUGCAGGAUUGGGUCAAGAAGGGAAGGUGA